AUCCAAGUACGUGUUGUUCAAUUGUGUGCGGUAGUUUGUUUUGGAAAAUUUGCAUUUACAAUUCAAUGGCAAUAAAAUGAGCAAAUAAUCCGGUGAAAUUGAUUAAAUUAGAUAAAAUGGAAAUAUUAGAGUGUAGAUUUGCCACUGAAGCGUCAUUUUGUCGAUUGUGCUUUGUCCGGGAGGGAUCUUUCAGGAAGAUAGACAACAUCAUCGAUGGAGUUGCUUCCAACAAAAUAAUUGCAUAUUUGGUGGAAAAGCAUCUACAUGUUAAGAUUUUUGAGGUUAGCUACUUGGUUUGCGAAGACUGUUCCUUGAGACUUCUUGCAUUUGAAGAGUAUUACACAAAGGUUCAUUUGCACAUUGACAAAUACUACUCAGAAAUCCAUCAAAAUCUGCCGAAUUACAAGCAUGAUCCUCCUUCUGAGAUUAUUUCUCCCAAUCUUCCUGACCUUCCUCCAUCUAACAAUCUUCCCAUUUUUGGGGAGAAUGUUGUGGAAUCUUUCACUCCAAGUAAAACUGACUUAGAGGAAUACAUCCCACCAUUAUCCGAGACUAAAACAGAAAUCAAGGAGCAGGUUGAAGAGGCUCCAAAGAGAAUAACAAGAUCUUCCAGGCUGAAAAAGAUCAAUUCAGAGCAAAGUACUUCUCAAGUUGCUAUUCCAAAGAGCAAAAGGAAGUCUAAAAGAACUCCUAAAGUUAAAAAAGAAUAUCAAGAAGAGCCCUUAGUGUUAGACAAAAUAAAAUUAGAGGCAGAGGCAGAGAAUCAGGAAGCUCCUGAGCUUCCAGAAAAGCAAUUGAGGAUCAAGAAAAAAUCCCUAAAGAGAAGAAAGAGCAUUUCAUAUGAAUCACUAGGAGAAUUUGACUUUAGAGAUGACGAUAGUGAUUCAGAUGAGAAUUCUCAAGCUUCUGACUGGGAAGAGUGGCCAGGAGCUGUUAAUCUCAGUGAUUUUCCGGCGCAAAUAAUUGAGAAUGGUUUGUUGAAAGUGAAGGGGAAGGAGCUGUUAGGAUUGAUUUGUAAAUUCUACAAUCUCGAGUGCAAUGUCUGUGGGAAGGAUAGCCCUAAAUUCCCUAAAUUCCCUGAUUUGACAGACCUCUUCCAGCACUAUUCGACGGUGCAUCAGGAAAAGGGAUAUGUCAUGUGCUGUUCGGCCAAAUUCCAUCGAUACCCUGCAAUUGUGAUGCACAUGGUACGUCACAUUCAGCCAGAUGCAUUUAAGUGCAAUAUUUGUGGCUACAUGGUCACCCGGCCGCGUUUCCUGGAGAGUCACAAAAAGACGCAUUUACCGGAGGAACAGAAACCCUUCGCUUGUGAUCACUGCCCCAGGCGCUUCUGCUGGAAAAGUGCUCUAAAAGUGCACAAGCUCACGCAUGAGCCCAAAGAUGUCCGGAAGCACUUUAUCUGUGACAUCUGUGGCAAGAUUUACGACACUCCCGGAGGUCUCUGUACCCAUCGAAAACUCUCCCAUACCAAUUACAAGAGUGAACCCCAUUUCUGUCAUGUCUGUGCCAAGAAAUUUGCCACAAGAACCGGUCUCAAUGAGCACAUGGCCACAAUCCAUCAGCCGAGGGAGAAGGAUCAGGUUCAGUGCCAGAAAUGUGGCAAAUGGCUAAUGAACAAUCGCUGCCUCAAAUCCCACAUGAUUCUCCACAGCAGUACAUUCCUCCGCUGCGAAUCCUGUGACUACACCACCAAGAAAGAAUCCCUCCUGCGCCGGCAUCAACUAACUCAGCACUCAGAUGCCAAACCCUUCAGUUGCACCAUCUGCGGACGAGCCUUCAAGCUCAAGAGAGCCCUAACUGUGCACAUUGCUCAGCACGAAAACACCAAAAAGCAAUACAAAUGCAAUUUCUGCGAUAGAUUCUUCAACAGUUCCACCAACUUCUACACUCACCGCAAAACAGUUCACCCUGAAGAACUAAAUGCCCUCAACAGAGCAAAGCUCGAGGAACAGCGACAGAAACGCAUUGAGGCAGGCAUUGAGCAUCCCCAUUCAAUAACACAAAUCCCAAAUGCCCAAACAGAAGAGAAAUUGAUUAUUGUUCCACAGCCACAAAUAUCCAAUCCAGUAGAUUUCAGCAAUAUCAACCAACCAGUUCAAACUUAUCAAAUUAUCAACGAACAAGGAACAAUUACAACAGUAAUUUCCGGAGAUAUUUGUGAAUAGAACUCUUUCGAUUUUCACAAUUCUCCCAGACAACAAAAAAAUCCAGCUUAGUCAGUAUUAGUGAAGACGGUGAAGACUAUCACUUUCACGUAAUUAAGAAUAUUUAACUUUUGAGAAUAAAAAUGUAUUUUAAAUGUUAAAAGAUUGACUUGAAAUUAAAAAAUAAAAUGCUACAAUAAAGUU